AGCCGUUAAUGGAAUCUUUUCGAGGAAUGAUGGCGGCGAUUCCGGCGAAGCGUACGCCGCCGCAGUGGCAGGUGAUUGCUCUGGUGGCGAACCAUUUGGAUCCGAAAUCGCUGGCGGUGGCCUCGUGCGUCUGCAAAUUAUGGUUCAUUUCCAUGUCCUCCGAUCAUCUAUGGCGGUCCAUCUGCACCGCGCGGUUCCCUUCUCUCUCGACUCUCCGCCUCGCGGACCCGGGCGUCCCGUACCGGAGACUAUACGCGCUCGGGCGAGCGUCGGAGACGCGCCGCCUCAGGAAGCGGCCGCCGCCUUUGCUCUCCAUGUCCAGCAUCAUCUUCGCCGUCAACGUCUUCCACAAGGGCUCGUCCCUCAUCACCGUGGUGAAGCCCGGGAGCGAGCUCGACGUCGACCGGAACGGCGUUUUCCGGUUCGACGUUGACGUCGCCGUCGCCGGAGGCGGAGGCGGGAGUUUGGCGGGAAUGCAAGAGUUGCGCGACGUGAGAGUGACGUGGGACGUGGUAUUGGAAGGGUACCAAUGUAAAUUCACAAUGCUGGACUGCGAAGGGAAAGGGAACUUGGUGUCUGGAUUGGAAGCGUGGUACUCGGAGGAGCUUCCGGCGCCGGGGUGCUGCUCGGCGUCGAACGAUGCCGUGAGCGGCCUGGUGUCGGAUCUGAGACUGGGAUUGAAAGAAAGGUGCGGAAGAAUAGUGGUGGCGAAUAUGAGCUUAGGGUUACUGAAUAUAGUGAGCUGGAGAUAUGUUCUAGUGGUUGAUACUCUCAGAUAUUUGCAGCAUUUUCUUUUACCCUAAUUCACUACGUUCAGCCCUCUUUUACUUUUGUCAAAGAAAAAGUAUCAAUACCAAGUCAAAGUGUUUCUCUCAAA